UUCUCCGCAGCACUUGGCGCAGUGUGCGCCAUCUGCGUGGCCGCAUGCCGCACGCCGGUGACCGGGCCGGGGCUGCGGAGAAUCCUCCCUUCUGGAGCGAGAGGCGGGCCUUCGGGAGCAGGAAUGCGCUGGAAGGUUUCCUGCAGCUCCGCUUCACACGCCGGAGAGCGUCAGCCCCGCGUCUCACUAUGGACAUGUGGCCGCUGGUGCUGCUGUUGGUCCAGCUCUGCUUGUGCUCCGGGUACGAAGGGUCAGGACACUACACCCACGGAGACGACGAGGACUGGUAUUCUCGUAGAUAUAAAGGGACGCCGUGGUGCGCGCCCAUCAAGGUGAAGCACGGGGACGUGAGCUGCCGCACCCCCAGGGGGGAGCACUACCGCAACGUGAUGGGGACGCGCUGCAAGAUCCGCUGCAAGCAGGGCUACGAGACGCAGAGCACGGAGGUGGUGUGCAUGGCCAGCAAGCACUGGUCCUCCAACUACGCCUGCAGACAGAUCCGCUGUCCGAAGCCCAACAUGCCCGUUAACGGGGGCUACAAGUGCUCCGACGGCUCCUACUUCAGCUCUCGCUGCGAGUUCUUCUGCUCCCCGGGGUUCAGCCUGAAGGGCCAGAAGACGGCCACCUGCCAGCACACCAGCACCUGGAGCGCUGCUGUGCCCACCUGCGUCGAUGUUGAUCCUCCAAAAAUCAAGUGUCCCAAUGUGAAGGACAAGUGGGCGGAGCCAGGCAAACUGACGGCGAAGGUGACGUGGGACACACCGGAGGGAGACGACACCGCCGACGGCAUCCUCACUGAUGUCACCCUCAAAGGGAGGCCUCCGAAGUCCGACUUCCCCGAGGGGCUUCACAAGAUGUCCUACACGGUGUUUGACCGCGCCGGGAACAAAGGCGCCUGUCGCUUCACGGUGCGGGUGCGAGUGCGCCGCUGCAGCCCGCUGGUCGCCCCCGACAACGGCUACAUGAAGUGCGACAGCGACCGAGACAACUACGGCGCCACGUGCAGCUUCACCUGCACGGGCGGCUUCGAGCUGCAGGGCAGCGCCGCCAGGGUGUGUCAGCACGGGCUCACCUGGUCCGGCACGGACACAGUGUGUGCACCCAUGAGCAUCAACGUGGGAGUGCGGACGGCUGACGCGCUGCUGGACCAGUUCUACGAGAAGCGACGGCUCCUCAUUAUCUCGGCCCCAACGGCUGCCAAUCACAAUUACCGCUUCCAGAUGACCAAUUUGCAGCCGGCUCAGUGCGGACUGGAUCUGAGACAUGUGACGGUAAUUGAGCUGGUGGGGACUUAUCCUGCACAGAUCGGCCGGAUAGGACACAGGCUGCUCCCCCCAGGGCUGGCCCUGCAGCUCAGGUUGCUGCUCCGGAUCCCACAGAGGUCCUUCCAAAUGCUGCUGCUGGAUAAGCAGGGCAUAGACAAGCAACGCUACCCGUUCCCCGUGACCGCAGCGGAGCUGUUCACCACCGUCGACACGUUCCCCCUGCGCAGGGACGAGAUGGCGCUGCAGCAGGAGGCGGGUCAGAGCUGUCAGUCAUAACCCCCUCCCCCCACGGACGGUCAGACACCUUUGAUCUAUUCCUCCUCUGUUGUUUGUCUACAUCACACAUUCCUACCUGAGCUCGUUCAGCCUGAAAUCACAAGGGUGUGUGUUUGUUUGGAUGUGUGUGUGUGUGCGCGUGUGUCUAAAAUGGUGCUGACCUGAAACAAGCAGAAUUAUUGGAACGACGUUACUAAAUGAAAUGGGUCCUAGAGUGCAUUACAAUCAUAUUGAUUCAUGUGUCUUGUGUGCCUUUAUAUUUUAUUAUUAUUAAUGUUUUCUAAGCAGAAAUGUUUUGUACAAAAGGUCUUUUCCUUCCUGACCUGGAAACGUGUUCGCCUGUCUAAUAUUUAUGUCACUUCUCUAAUGAUGUACUCUGACACUCUGUCACUGAUUAAAUGUCUGCCACAAAAAUCUAAA